CAAACUAUAUCUAAAUUCUCCAAAACAUUUAUCACCGCUAUAAAAGGUUUCUACUUCUUGCAUGUACUAAAACAAGCAUCAUUCGAAACACAACUCAUCAAAUCAAUGGAGCUCAAAAGGUUUCUAUUUCUUGCAACCUUAUUAUACAUAUCAACAUCUCAUGCAGCAGUUAUCAACCAAAUCCAACUGCUGAGGCCGCGCUCCGGCAGCGGCGGCCGCCGUGUCGAGGGCUUAGACUGCCUGAGCUGGCGGCUGGCGGUGGAGGCGAACAACCUCCAGGGCUGGAAGUUGGUCCCUCAAUCGUGCGAGGACUACGUCGGCAACUACAUGCUCGGCCGCCAGUAUCGCCAUGACAUCGAGGUGGUGGCCGACGCCGCCAUCGAUUAUGCAAAGACCCUCGAAGCUGCCGCCGACGGCAAGGAUCUUUGGGUCUUCGAUAUCGAUGAAACCACGCUUUCCAACCUUCCUUAUUAUGCCCGCUCCGACGUCCAAUUUGGGGCAAUAGCAUACAACGAUACAGCGUUCAACGAGUGGGUGGCGGAAGGGAUAGCGCCGCCGGUUCCGGCGAUCCGCCGCCUCUACAAGACGGUGGCAGCUCUAGGGUUCAAGACUGCCUUCAUUUCAGGAACAGCUGAUAGAUACACAGACAUAAAGAUACUAAAUUUAAAUCAAGCUGGUUAUUACAACUGGGAAAAACUCAUCCUCAAGGGAGAAGAUGUGCAUGGAUCAUCAGUGGAUUACAAAUCCCAGAAGAGAACAGAGUUGGUGAAUGAAGGUUACAGAAUUGUGGGAAAUGUGGGAGAUCAAUGGAGUGAUCUCAUCGGUGCUAAUGUUGGAAAUCGCACAUUCAAAGUGCCUGAUCCAAUGUAUUACAUAGGAUAAAUCAUCAUGAUUAGAUCAUCAAAUAAAUGUACCAUCAAUUUCAAAUAAAUCCUACUUUCCAUUAUAAUUAA